AUGGCAAGUUGGAAACUCUCCCUGACGGCGGCACUCGCUCUGAUGUUCCUGCUAACAGGGUAUGCCUUCAAUUUGGAGUUGACCCCACAAGGAGAAGUGUGGUCCCGGGUUGGGGAGAAGGUGGUGCUGAGCUGCAGCGCGAAGGACUGUCCGUCCCCUUCAAUCAAAUGGACUCUCGGAACCGAUCAUCUCUUGGCAGGAACAGUCAGAGAACAAGACUCGGAGUCCACCCUCACCAUCGACCCGGUCACCGUGCAGGACGAAAAGAUAUACAGAUGUACCGCAAAAUGCGGGGCCAAAACAAAGCAGAGGGGUGCCAUUCUGCAUGUUUAUUCUCUGCGGGACGCGGUCACUCUGGAGACGGUAGGGAGUUUGCAAGUCGGCAGGAAAGGCACCGUGAGAUGUAUCGUCCCCGAUGUCUAACCCGCUUAUUUCACAGUGCAGUGGCUGAAUGAAACGGGAGUAUUGAAAACUCAAGAAGUCUACGAUCCCACUGGGGAAAUACAGAAUGUGACCGUCACCUAUGAACUAACCCCAGAAUUGCAGCAUUCCGGACAAAAGCUUACU